AUGCGUAUUGAAGACAUGUCCGAGUACGAGCAGUUGAAGAUCAGCUGGAGUUACCUCGGGCCGCAAGAGCAGCUAACGCUCACGAACCACUUCCUGGCAGAUGGGAUUGAGGACCUGGCUUGUGUCUUUGAGUUCCUUCCCGACUGCGUGGCAAACGCAGUGACCAAUCCAGCGGUCACCUUGUCGUGCUUGCUCGAGUGCCUUGUGGAUUUACUCCACGUGCUCAAGCCCAACAUCGAUAUGAUGCCAGAUCUCAAGGAAGCAAGGGUGGUUUUGGUGGACCUGUCCGACAUGAGCGAGUUCAUUGCUUGUGUCCAGAAUCGCUUUGUGUUCGAGACGUGUGUUUCCAGGUGCAAGCUUCGUUUCGCCGGUCGCCGGGCGUUGCUGGAGAUGACGGGCGGCAACUGGGGAAGAGUCAACGACACGGACUCGGACAUUACAAACCUCGCCUACUCUGUCACAGACUUGCGCAAGAAGCAGCAGUCUCUGGCAAAUCAACUCAGCCGAAGUAUGCAGAAAAAGGAGCCCCGGCGGCGGUCGUUGACCUUUGCCAUUUGA